AUGGAUGAAGGAGCGGCGGGGUUGGAGGAGGAGGCGGCGGCGGCUGAUACAAGCGGUGGUGGUGGAAAUACGAAUGAUAUGUGCAGAUCUGACAAUGAAAUUAAGGAUAAGUUAAGGCGUAAGUACAGUGGAUAUAUAAGUAGUCUAAAGCAAGAAUUUUCCAAGAAUAAGAAGGGAAAACUCCCAAGAGAAGCAAGGCAAAUCUUGCUUAACUGGUGGACCACUCACUACAAAUGGCCUUAUCCUACGGAAGGACAGAAAAUAUGUCUAGCUGAAUCAACAGGUUUAGAUCCGAAGCAGAUUAACAAUUGGUUCAUUAAUCAGCGAAAACGUCACUGGAAACCUUCAGAAAACAUGCAGUAUGCUGUUAUGGAAAGUAUAUAUGGUCACUUUUCUGAAUAAUUUAGCUUCGGGGAAAUUAAUCUCUUUCCCGCAAUGUUUCUAAUCAGACAUUUUUACUUGCUAACAAUAUAAUUCUAAUUCAGUUACCAUAUAAUUCUUCCUCUCAUAAAGACUUCUAAUGUCAGUAGUGUUUCUUGAAUGGGCAGCAAACGA